AUGUCCCCUAUGGGCACCAUUGUAUACAGCGGCAAGGUCAAAAGUGAGAGAGGUAGCCAAUUUGACCGCGCCAUGUUUACUACCAUGAGUACCGAUCAAUUCGGUAUUGCCACUACAUUCACAUUUUUCAGAAACAGCUUGCUUGCCGAGGGCGCGAUUCUGUACAACGCCAAACGUGCCGGCUGGUUUUAUGCCGGAUGGUCAUUUGAAGAUUUUGAUAAAAACACGUUCAAGUGGCGUGAAACUCUACUCAACACUUCGUGGACGCUGUACGACGCAAAAAAGAAAAAUGUUGCCAAGUUGACCAUGCUUUAUACUCCAUUAGAAGGUGCGGCAUGCUGGUCGUGUACGAGCCAGUAUCAGACCGGAUGA